AUGGAUAUGGAUAGGAAUAUGGAAUUGGUUGAGGACUUCUGGAGGGUGCCAGAAGGUGGCCGACACGUCCCCAGUCACGAAAUCAUCAAAUAUAUGACCUAUAACCGUUUUGUCCUCGUGAAAGGACGCCUACGAAUCGAUGAGCAGGGUACAAUACACUCAGGGGUGCCGGACCCGUAUGACAAGGUCAGUGACUGGGCCAACCACAGGAUGGCCGCCGCUAUGGCCGCUGUCAUCGUGGGCACUUUUGUGGCUGUUGAGGAAGCUAUGGUCUUGUUUGAAGGACGUUCAAAACAGAAGGUGACGAUAAAGACCAAGCCAACGCCUACUAGGCUCAAGGUCUGGCUUCUAGGGGCCUAUGGAUACAUAUUACAGUGGAUUUGGCACUCGCCAGGGGCCAAAUGGGACCCUGUCAGCGUCGAACGGCAAUUAUAG